AAAUGAGAUUAUUAAUACCUGAUGAUGAGGGACACUCAGUUGGUCAAAUAGUUGGUUACGUAAUUGGAGUGCUUUACUUUUUUGGAAUGAUAUACUAUAUCUACAGAAAACAUUUACUCAGCUUAUUUCAAAUGUUUAUGAAUUAUUUAGAUGUAAUUAUUUUAAUUCGAAAAUAGGACAAUGAAAAUGAAGAAUAAUAUAAAGCUAUAUUGUAUAGUUGUCUAAAUUCAAUUUAAUUUCUAAUACUUUGUUUUUAUUCAACUUUUAUUAGUGAAUCAGAUUUAGCUGUUUCCACAAUAGUUGGCUCAGAUACUUUUAUGAUCUUUUUUGUUUUCUCUUAUAUUCUUUAUAAAUAUCCAACUUAUUAACAUGGAGUAUUAGAUACGUGGAUUACUAUAAGAGAUGCUUUCUUUUAUAUUUCAUCACUGUUUGUUCUUUUCAUUUGUAUUUUACUUGACUUUUUGAAUCUUGGAACAGCAAUUAUUUUAUUAGUAGUCUAUUUUGCAAACAUCAUCUUUAUUUUUAACAGUGAAAAUGUAAAAGCUAAAAUGAUGGAAUGGUUAGAUCUAACUGCAGAAGAUGAAGAUUAUAGUUGUGAAUAACAUUUAACUUAUGUUAAAAGAAGAAUAUCUAUAACUCAUUUAAAAGAUAACAAUUAUAUCUAAACUGAUGAUCCUGCCUUAAUAAGAUAAUUAGCCUUGAACAAUAAAGCAAGCUCAUAAAAAAGUGGAAGCAGAAGGAUUAUCUUUUAAAAAUUAGUAUAUAUUAUUAUCUUUGCAAUUAAAAAUCAAGUUAAAUAAGAAAAAUAAUUUAGAAUCGAAUAUUACUAAAAUAUGUAUAAAGUAAGACUUUUAUAAUAUAAUAGCCAAAAUAAAGAGGACCACCUUCAAAAAAAAGCAAAAUUGAACCUGCAUCCUCAGUUCCAGAAUCUCAUCAUUAAAAUGUGAAUGAAGAUAUUCCUUUAAUGGAAAAAAAUGAAAUUCCUAUAGAACAUUAAAAAGAUCAAGAAGGCGGUUAAGAGAAUGAUCAAGAUUAAGACCAUUAAUAAUAAUAGUAAAAUUUAAAUUUAAUUAUUUUAGACAAGAAUAAGAGGAUGGUAAACAAAAAUUGAGUCUUCCUAAAGGCGGACUAGAUAAAGUACUUUUUAUUUUAUUCUUUCCUGCUCACCUUAUAUGUCAUCUGAUUCCAACACCAAAAGAUGAUGCUGAUUAUUUUAGAAUUUUCUUAGAUUUAUUCAUAUCUUUAGCAAUAGUAACAGGAUUAUAUUUUUUAAUUGAUUGGUGGGUUUAUGAAAUUUUUGAUGGUACUGGAAUUCCUAUAUAAAUAUUGGGAUUUAUAUUUUUAGGUAUUUUAGUUUCAGCUUAGCUUGCUUAUCAUCAAAUUGAUAUAGCUAAAGAAGAACUUUCAUUGAAAUUUACUUAAGCAUUUUUCUAGACAGCAAUAUGUAAAUCAUCUCUUUGUAUUGGGAUUACUUGGGGCAUAAAAUCUUUAUUUAAUAGUGAUGUUGAGUUAAUUAGAAGGAGCAGUAAAUACUCAAAAACCUUUGCUUUAUGUAUAAUUAUUGUUUGUGGACUUGUGGCAAUUUUAUUAUUUUAGUGUUGGCUUAAAAGAUUUAUCUUAGCUAAAGCAGAAGCUUAAAAAUACAUGGUUGUAUACUGUCUCUUAUUAAUUGUAAUUGCAGUUAUAAUGCCUUUAGAUGUAAUUAAAUGAG